CGCUAGUUGCAAUUACCCAACUGAAUGGCUAGGGGAGACAAGCAGCACUGAGAAAGAAAAACCAAAACGCAAUUGCAGUUCAAGGAUUGACCCAAGUGUAACGAGCGAAAGCAAAUUUUGCAAAUUUAUUAUCUCUCUGUCUUCGCUGAUGGGUCAGGUAUGUUUUCGUCUCUUCCAAUCGACGAAGAGUUUAUACAUUCAGAACUAAACUCAGAAAGUUUUCAUAGGCGUUUUGCCAUUUCUCAUUAUAAAAAAGAUAGAAUCUUUACUGGAAAUAACAUAAUAUGAGCUAUGCCCCCUUACCCAUUGAGAAGAUUUUCAAUUCUGUGUUAUUCUUUUCAGCUGUAGAAAUAGAAUUUAUAGAAAAAUGCAAACUUUAAGCACUUUACCCUCCAUGGGUGAAUCAUGGAUGAUACCCCAAUUGAGCUUUGAACUGGGUUCUUCUCUUAAAACUUAUUCUUCUGGGAGAAGGAAAAAGAUUUGGGAUCUUGGUUUUCCUGUUACUCAUGGUAGAAGUAGCGGUUUGUUAUUACUUUCAAGCACUUUUACUGUUGCUGGAUGUGGGAGGCCGAAAUGUGAUUUGGGAUGUGGGUUUCUAUCUGGCUACUCUAAGAUUAGAGUUGCUCGCUUUUGCAAGCCUAAGAAAAGUUGUUUAGGUGCCUUGGUUGCAUCGGAAGAGCAAGUAAUUGCCAAUGAGUUCCUUAAAGAAGAAUCCAGUUCAGAAGAUAGGGUGGUGGAGAAUUUGGAUGAUGUGGAAGUUGGAGAUAAUAAUGAUGAUGAUAAUGCUGACCAGCAAGAUAAGAAAACAGAAGAUUUUAGUGGGGAAGAAGGUGGGGAAGGAGAAAGUGGUAGGAUUGAUGUCCGGGCAUUAGCAUGGAGCUUGCGGCUUGCUAAAACAGCAGAUGAUGUGGAAGAUAUUCUCAAGGACAAGGGUGAGUUGCCCCUUCAAGUAUACUCAACAAUGAUUAAGGGUUUUGGGAGAGACAAGAUUUUUGAUUCUGCUUUUGCUCUUGUAAAGUGGCUUAAGAGAAAGAAGGAAGAGACUAAUGGUUUUAUUGCACCAAACUUAUUCAUCUAUAAUAGUCUACUGGGUGCACUAAAGCAAUCUGAACAAUAUGGAGAAAUGGAAAAAGUCUUGAAUGAUAUGGCUGAGGAAGGGGUGCUUCCCAAUAUUGUAACUUACAACACCAUGAUGGCCAUUUACGUAGAGCAAGGGCGAGCUACUAAGGCUCUUAAUGUUUUUGAGGAGAUUCAAAUGAAGGGCCUGACCCCAUCUCCAGUGUCCUAUUCUACAGCCUUGUUGGCUUAUCGAAGAAUGGAAGAUGGAAAUGGAGCUUUAAAGUUCUUCAUCGAGAUUAGAGAAAAGUAUGAUAAAGGGGAGAUAGGUAAGGAUGCUGACGAAGAUUGGGAAAAUGAGUUUGUUAAGCUUGAAAACUUUACAAUAAGGGUUUGCUACCAAGUGAUGCGGUCCUGGCUUGUUAAGGAUGACGACUUAAGCAUCAAGGUGUUAAAACUUCUCAUAGAAAUGGAUAAUGCAGGGGUUCCACUUGGUCAAUCAGAACAUGAGCGCCUUAUGUGGGCUUGUACCCGUGAAGAACAUCAUAUCGUGGCAAAAGAAUUGUAUAAUAGGAUAAGAGAAAGGCAUUCUGAGAUAAGAUUGUCUGUAUGCAACCAUGUUAUUUGGUUGAUGGGUAAGGCAAAGAAGUGGUGGACAGCAUUGGAGAUCUACGAGGACUUGUUGGACAAGGGGCCAAAGCCAAAUAACAUGUCAUAUGAGCUAGUAGUGUCUCAUUUCAAUACUCUUCUGACUGCAGCUAGAAGGAGAGGGAUUUGGAAAUGGGGCGUAAGGUUGCUAAACAAGAUGGAAGAGAAAGGCCUUAAACCUGGUAGUAAGGAAUGGAAUUCAGUUCUUAUUGCCUGUUCCAAGGCUUCACAAACUUCUGCUGCCGUGCAGAUUUUUAGGAGAAUGGUGGAACAAGGUCAAAAACCGACAAUCAUUUCCUAUGGGGCAUUACUUAGUGCUCUUGAAAAGGGAAAACUGUAUGAUGAGGCCCGCCGUGUAUGGGAGCAUAUGCUUAAGGUGGGUGUGAAGCCAAACGUGUAUGCCUACACAAUUAUGGCUUCAGUUUUUGCCGGACAAGGAAAGUUUAAUAUGGUUGAUAUUGUCAUUCAUGAGAUGGUUUCAUCAGGCAUUGAGCCGACGGUCGUCACAUACAAUGCCAUUAUCAGUGGUUGUGCAGGGAAUGGAAUGAGCACUGCAGCAUAUGAAUGGUUUAACCGCAUGAAAGUUCAGAAUGUUUCACAUAAUGAGGUUACAUAUGAAGUGCUAAUUGAGGCGCUAGCAAAGGAUUCUAAACCAAGGCUUGCAUAUGAGCUAUAUUUGAGGGCUCAAAAUGAGGGUCUUCGACUCUCUUCCAAGGCUUAUGAUACAGUGAUUGAGUCAUCACAAGUUUAUGGGGCUACUAUUGAUGUAAAAUUAUUAGGAGCCCGGCCACGCGAUAAAAAAGAAAAAGUGCAAAAAAAGGAAAACUGAUUCAGUUUUGUGCGUUGACGGAUUUACAAGGAGGACUAAACCAUUUGACAGAGAGAAAAUAUACAUCCCAUGACCCCAAAAAACCAAAUAUAAAAAAAAUUAGUCAUUUGGUGCCGUGAGGUGUGAGACAUUUGAUUCAUUCAAAAUACCUUGUACAUUUGUCUUUUGUUUAUAAUAUUCAGCUUCUUCUCCUA